UUGCACUUGCCUUGCACUCGUAGCCACCAUGGGGCCAAAGGUGACCAGCCUGUUGUUGCUAGGGCUGGUACUUUGCUAUGCAAGUGAAAUUAAAACAGUAAGAAAAUCUAACCACGGUCACUAUGUCUGCAGUACUUGGGGGAACAACCAUUUCAAAACCUUUGAUGGAGAUUUUUACCAAUUUCCUGGGAUCUGUGAUUACAACUUUGCUUCAGACUGCCGAGAUACUUAUAAAGAGUUCUCUGUUCAUAUCCAGCGUGAGCAGAAUGAUGAACUGCACCCUAAUAUCCAAUAUGUUCUUGUUGCAAUCAAAGAUGUUGCUAUUUACCUCACUCACAAGAGGGUUGUAGUAGAUGGGCAAACGGUAAAGACUCCAUACUAUAGUUCUGGUGUCCUGAUUGAGAAGAAUGAUAUAUAUACUAAACUCUAUGCAAAACUGGGCCUAAUUCUGAUAUGGAACCAGGCAGAUGCUUUGAUGAUUGAGCUCGACUCUAAAUUCAACAAUUUAACUUGUGGCCUUUGUGGAGAUUAUAAUGGACAACAGAUCUACAACGAAUUUAUCUCAGAUGGAUUAAGCUACAACCCAAUCACAUUUGGAAACCUACAAAAAAUUAAUAACCUCCCAACAAAAUGUGAAGAUCCCGAUGAGACAAAGCCUAUUGAACUGUGCAACCAGCAUCGUGAAGAGUGUAAAACUCUCCUAACUUCGCCAGCAUUUGCAGAUUGCCAGAAUCGCCUGAAUCUAGAACUGUAUAUUCAAGCCUGCAUGCAUGACAGAUGUGCUUGUAAGCAUACUGAGGACUCUUUCUGCCUCUGCAGUUCCAUCUCUGAGUAUUCACGACAGUGUUCUCAUGCGGGUGGCAAACCUCAGAACUGGAGGACCCAUCAGCUCUGCCCGAAGUCAUGUCCCAAAAAUAUGAUUUACCUGGAAAGUGGUUCUCCCUGUAUGGACUCCUGUUCGCACCUGGAGAUCAGCAAACUAUGUGAAGAGCACUAUAUGGAUGGCUGUUUUUGCCCCAAAGGCACAGUAUAUGAUGAUGUCACAGGGAACGGUUGUGUGUUAACAAGCCAAUGCCACUGUAAACUUCAUGGAAAAACAUUCUCCCCUGGUCAGAAAAUUACCAAUGAGUGUGAAAAGUGCACUUGUCAGUCAGGGAGAUGGAUAUGCCAGGAGUUACCCUGUCCAAGUACAUGUGCUUUGGAGGGUGGAUCCCACAUAACCACUUUUGAUGGGAAGAAAUAUACCUUCCAUGGAGACUGCUACUAUGUUUUGACCAAGACCACUAAAAAUGACACAUAUGUCCUUUUGGGAGAAUUGGGUCCAUGCAGUUCUUCAGACAAGCAGACAUGCCUAAAGUCAGUAGUGCUACUAACAGACCAGAGGAAGAAUGUUGUAGUUUUCAAAUCAGAUGGUACUAUAUUACAGAAUGAAAUGGAGAUUCAUUUGCCAUACAGAACAGGUAGUUUCUCAGUUUUCCAGCCAUCAUCGUUCUAUACUAUUGUGCACACAAUAUAUGGGCUAAAGAUGCAGAUCCAGCUGUCUCCAGUGAUGCAACUGUUUCUCAUUGUGGAGCAGUCCAUCAAGGGAACUAUACAUGGACUUUGUGGAGAUUACAAUGGAAUAGAAGGUGAUGAUUUCAAAACAUCAGGUGGCGUGGUUGAAGCAACAGGAGCUUCCUUUGCCAACUCCUGGAAAGCACAGGCUAGCUGUAGUGAUAUGGAAGAUAAGCUGGAACACCCUUGCUCUCUGAGUCUUGAGAAUGAAAAAUACGCUGAAUUCUGGUGCUCUUUAUUGAAAAGUGCAACAAGUCCCUUUGCCAGAUGUCAUUCAGUGAUUGAUCCAGUGGAUUAUUAUAAGCGUUGCAAGUAUGAUACUUGCAAUUGUAACUCCAAUGAAGAAUGUUUGUGUGCUGCCCUGUCAUCUUAUGCAAGAGCCUGUGCUUUCAAAGGAGUCAUGUUGUGGGGUUGGAGAAAUGUAAUCUGCAACAAAGAAGUAAAUUCUUGCCCAGCCAACCAGGUUUUCCGCUACAAUCUAACCAUGUGCCAACAGUCCUGCCGUUCUCUUUCUAAUGGAAAUAAGUACUGCUUGGAAGGUUUCACUCCAGUCGAUGGCUGUGGCUGCCCUGACAAUAGCUACGUGAAUGAGAAAGGCAUCUGCGUGCCUAUGGCUGCCUGCUCCUGUCAUUAUAAAGGUUUAUAUGUGCAACCUGGAGAUAAUAUCAUGAAGGGCGACAAGCGCUGUGUUUGCAAAGAUGGAAGAUUUCAGUGUGUAAUAGUGGAUAAACGCCCCCCUCCUGAAUGUCCAUCCAAUAAGAUAUAUUUUAACUGCACCGACUUUGACUCUUGGUCUUCCCAAACUCCAGUACAACUUAGCUGUCAAACGCUGGGUACCGAUUACGUCCAGACCGAAUGUAUUUCAGGAUGUUUUUGCCCUGAGGGCUUGAUUGAUGACGGCCAAGGGGGAUGUGUAGUAGAAGAUGACUGCCCAUGUAUUCAUAACCAGGUGUAUUAUUCCAAUGGAGAAAAAAUAAACGUUGACUGCAACACAUGUACCUGCCAAAAAGGAAACUGGAAUUGCACCACCAUGGUGUGUCAUGGGACAUGUACCAUUUAUGGCAGUGGCCAUUACAUCACCUUUGAUGGAAAAUUCUAUGACUUUGUUGGUAACUGCGAAUACGUGGCUUCUCAGGAUUACUGUGGCAACCAGCAAGGAAUGUUUAGUGUGAUCACAGAGAAUGUUCUCUGUGGAACGACAGGCGUUACCUGCACCAAGGCCAUUAAAUUGUUUCUAGGGACCACAGAGUUAAAGCUGCAAGAAAAACACAUUGAAAAAAUUGAGUGGACUAACAACAGCUCUGUAACAUAUUGGAUUCAAGGAACAGUUGGGCUGUAUACGGUAAUUGAAGCCAGCAAUGGACUGAUGGUCAUCUGGGAUAAGAAGACAACAAUUUUCAUCAAGCUGUUGCCCUAUCAUAAAGGGAAAGUCUGUGGUUUGUGUGGUAACUUUGAUGGCAAAGCCAGCAAUGACUUUACAACAAGGAGUAUGGCUCAAGACACGGUCAGUGCCUUGACAUUUGGAAAUUCAUGGAAAAAGGAUCCAGCUUGUCCUGAUGUAGGGGGAAUCAUUGAGCCCUGUGAGCUAAAGCCUCAUCGAAAAACUUGGGCAGAGAAAGAGUGCAGCCUCAUCAAAAGUGAAGUUUUUAAAAUAUGUCAUCACAAGGUGGAUCCACAGCCAUACUAUGAAGCCUGUGUACAUGAUGCCUGUUCCUGUGAUACUGGGGGGGACUGUGAAUGCUUCUGUACUGCAGUCGCUACAUAUGCACAUGAAUGCAUCAAAGCUGAAGCAUGCAUCCACUGGAGAACUCCAGAUAUAUGCCCAAUCUUUUGUGAAUACUACAAUCCUAGUGAAGAUAUAUGUGAGUGGCAUUAUGAACCUUGUGGACGUGAGAUUUUAACUUGCAAGAUUGUCAUUCAAGGCAGCAGCAACUUUUCAGUCCCAUUCUUAGAAGGUUGCUAUCCACGAUGUUCUCCAGAUUAUCCAAUCUACGACGAGGAGACUAAAUCAUGUGUGGACAAGUGUGGUUGUUACUUUAAUGGUACUUACUACCUACCUGGAAGUUUAAUCCCCAACUAUGAACCCCGAGAACCGUGCCACAAUUGCUACUGCCAGUCAUCAGGAAAUGUGAUGUGUAAACUUGAAAAAGAGUGUUGUGUUUAUGAUGGCAAAGAGUAUGAAGUGAAUGAGACGGUUGUUGACAAAACUAACGAAUGUUUGGAGCUAAUAUGCACACUAAAUGGUACCAUGGAAAUUAAAUCUAAUAGAUGCACUUCAACUAUAUCUCCCUCUACUAUUCCAACAACCACUUCCAGCACUACUACUAUCACCACUACUAUGUAUCCAACCUCUACUACAACAGUUUCUACUACAGGCACUUCUACAAUAGUUUCAAUGGAAGCAGGUCACACAACACCUUGUUUAAACCCAAUUUGUGAGUGGUUUGGAUGGAUUUCUGUGAGUAUUCCAGAAAUUGGUAUUACAAAAGGCGACAAUGAAACUUAUGAAAACAUCAGACUGCACAACAUAACAAUCUGUGAGAAGCCAGAAAACAUAUCAUGCCGAUCGAAGAAAUUUCCUGAGGUGUCAUUAGAGGACUUGCAACAGACAGUGACAUGUAAUGUUUCCACUGGGCUUAUUUGCAAAAACGAAGAUCAGGUUCCUGGAAUUGUAAUUCCUGCACCAGUCUGUCUCGACUAUGAAAUCAACGUCCUCUGCUGUGUGUGUCCUCCCAAUGUCGAAAGCACUACCACCAGAAUUACCACCACUCCAUCUACUCCCACACCCACGCCUACUCCUACCAGCACUUCCACUACCGAAAGCCCUACUACCACAAUUACCACCACUCCAACUACUCCCACUCCUACUCCCACUACCACCUCCACUACUGAAAGCCCUACAACCACAAUUACCACCACUCCAUCUACUCCCACACCCACGCCUACUCCUACCAGCACUUCCACUACCGAAAGCCCUACUACUACAAUUACCACCACUCCAACUACUCCCACUCCAACUCCUACUCCUACCAUUACCUCCACUACCGAAAGCCCUACUACCACAAUUACCACCACUUCAUCUACUCCCACUCCAACCCCUACCCCUACCACUACCUCCACUACUGAAAGCCCUACCACCACAAUUACCACCACUCCAACUACUCCCACUCCUACUCCCACUACCACCUCCACUACUGAAAGCCCUACUACCACAAUCACCACCACUUCAUCUACUCCCACUCCAACUCCUACCAUUACCUCCACUACUGAAAGCCCUACUACCACAAUCACCACCACUUCAUCUACUCCCACUCCAACUCCUACUCCUACCAUUACCUCCACUACCGAAAGCCCUACAACCACAAUUACCACCACUCCAUCUACUCCAACUCCUACUCCUACCAUUACCUCCACUACUGAAAGCCCUACUACCACAAUCACCACCACUUCAUCUACUCCCACUCCAACUCCUACUCCUACCAUUACCUCCACUACCGAAAGCCCUACAACCACAAUUACCACCACUCCAUCUACUCCAACUCCUACUCCUACCAUUACCUCCACUACUGAAAGCCCUACUACCACAAUUACCACUACUUCAUCUACUCCCACUCCAACCCCUACCAUAACCUCCACUACUGAAAGCCCUACUACCACAAUUACCACCACUCCAUCUACUCCCACUCCAACUCCUACUCCUACCAUUACCUCCACUACCGAAAGCCCUACAACCACAAUUACCACCACGCCAUCUACUCCAACUCCUACUCCUACCAUUACCUCCACUACCGAAAGCCCUACAACCACAAUUACCACCACUCCAACUACUCCCACUCCUACUCCCACUAUCACCUCCACUACUGAAAGCCCUACUACCACAAUUACCACCACUCCAUCUACUCCCACUCCAACUCCUACUCCUACCAUUACCUCCACUACUGAAAGCCCUACAACCACAAUUACCACCACUCCAACUACUCCCACUCCUACUCCCACUACCACCUCCACUACCGAAAGCCCUACAACCACAAUUACCACCACUCCAUCUACUCCCACUCCAACUCCUACUCCUACCAUUACCUCCACUACCGAAAGCCCUACUACCACAAUCACCACCACUUCAUCUACUCCCACUCCAACCCCUACCCCUACCAUUACCUCCACUACUGAAAGUCCUACUACCACAAUUACCACCACUCCUACUCCCACUCCUACUCCCAUUACCACCUCCACUACUGAAAGCCCUACUCCCACAAUUACCACUACUCCAUCUACUCCCACUCCAACUCCUACUACCAUUACCUCCACUACUGAAAGCCCUACUACCACAAUCACCACCACUUCAUCUACUCCCACUCCAACCCCUACCCCUACCCCUACCAUUACCUCCACUACUGAAAGCCCUACUCCCACAAUUACCACCACUCCUACUCCCACUCCUACUUCCACUACCACCUCCACUACUGAAAGCCCUACUACCACAAUUACUACCACUCCAUCUACUCCCACUCCAACUCCUACUCCUACCAUUACCUCCACUACUGAAAGCCCUACUACCACAAUUACCACCACUCCAUCUUCUCCCACUCCAACCCCUACCUCUACCAUUACCUCCACUACCGAAAGCCCUACAACCACAAUUACCACCACUCCCACUCCCACGCUUACUCCCACUACCACCUCCACUACUGAAAGCCCUACUACCACUACUUCAUCUACUCCCACUCCAACCCCUACCAUUACCUCCACUACUGAAAGCCCUACUACCACAAUUACCACCACUCCAUUUACUCCCACUCCAACCCCUACUCCUACCAUUACCUCCACUACCGAAAGCCCUACAACCACAAUUACCACCACUCCCACUCCCACGCCUACUCCCACUACCACCUCCACUACUGAAAGCCCUACUACCACUACUUCAUCUACUCCCACUCCAACCCCUACCAUUACCUCCACUACUGAAAGCCCUACUACCACAAUUACCACCACUCCAUUUACUCCCACUCCAACCCCUACUCCUACCAUUACCUCCACUACCGAAAGCCCUACAACCACAAUUACCACCACUCCCACUCCCACGCCUACUCCCACUACCACCUCCACUACUGAAAGCCCUACUACCACUACUUCAUCUACUCCCACUCCAAACCCUACCAUUACCUCCACUACUGAAAGCCCUACUACCACAAUUACCACCACUCCAUCUACUCCCACCCCAACUCCUACUCCUACCAUUACCUCCACUACCGAAAGCCCUACAACCACAAUUACCACCACUCCAUCUACUCCUACUCCAAGUUCAACACCUUGCUAUUGUGUUGUGAACGGUGUUAUAUAUUAUCCAGGUGAAACAAUAACAAGUAGCAAUGCUGGAGGCAUGUGCAGCGUCACCAGUUGCUCCUUUGAAUGCCAAGUGGUGACUCACAAUUGGCCAUGUUCAACAACUGCAACCACAACAGUAACAUCCACAGCUCCUACAAGUACAACUCAACCACCCUGUGAAAUAGGAGAUCAUAUUAUACUGCCAGGAGAAAGUGGAGGCAUAUGUAAUUGCACAGAGUUACGGUGUGUUACAGGUAACUUAUGGAAGAGGUUUCCUGUAGAGUGUGAACCUUCAAUAAAGCCCAAGUGUGCCAAUGGGCUUGCUCCUGUAGAAGUAUUGGAUGAAAACGGAUGCUGCCCGCAUUGGGAAUGUGACUGCUAUUGCACUGGUUGGGGAGAUCCACAUUAUAUGACAUUUGAUGGCCACUACUACAGUUACCAAGGUAAUUGUACCUAUGUCCUAAUGGAAGAGAUUAAUCACACCAUCUACAACUUUGGAGUGUACAUUGAUAACUACCACUGUGAUCCAGCACAAUCUGUCUCUUGCACCCGUACUCUCACCAUAAAGCAUGAGUCCCAGGAAGUGCGCCUCAAAACGGUCAAACUUAUUCCUAUGAAAGUAGAGGUGACUGUGAAUCAUGAGCAAGUGGGUUUACCUUAUGAAAAAUAUAGCUUGAAGGUUUACAAGUCUGGUAUAAACUACGUGGUGGAACUAUUUAGAUUGAAAAUGAACGUAACAUACAAUGGCAUGGCCUUCACAAUCAGGCUUCCCUAUGCAACAUUUGCCAACAAUACCCAGGGACAAUGUGGAAAAUGUAACAACAAUAUCCAAGAUGACUGUAUGUUACGGAAUGAGACUGUUAUACCUUCUUGUGAAAUAAUGGCAGAUGACUGGGUUAUUAAUGAUCCAGAAAAACCACAUUGUGGACAUAUGCCCCCACCUGUGAAACCUCAACGUCCUGAUAUCUGUCCUACCCCAUCUCAGUUGUGUGAGCUUCUAAAAGGAAGUAUAUUUCAGAAGUGUCAUGCCGUCGUUAAUGUUACAAGCUACUAUGAGGCCUGCAUAUUUGAUAGCUGCAGAAUGCCCAAUGAAUCAAUGGAAUGUGCAAGUCUUCAAAUUUAUGCAGCAACCUGUGCAGAUCAGGGGGUUUGCAUUGACUGGAGGGGACAUACCAAGGGAGCAUGUCCCGUUAUCUGCCUACCCCAUAAAGUGUACAAAGCCUGUGGUCCUACUAUAGAAGAAACUUGCAAAUCAGGAUUAAUAGAACAAAACCAGACACGACAAAUGGAAGGGUGUUUCUGUCCUGAAGGAACCAAACUUUAUGACACUGCUAAAGAUGUAUGCGUGGAAACCUGUGGAUGUGUUGGACCAGACAAUAUUCCCAGAAAGUUUGGGGAGAACUUUCAGUUUGACUGCCAAAACUGUAUUUGCAUGGAAGGUGGAAGUGGCAUUAUCUGUGAACCCUACACGUGUCCAAUACCAGAUGAUGAAAUACAGUGUGAAGGAGAAGGAUAUCAGAAGAGCACUAAAAUUAAUCCUAAUGACAAAUGCUGUUCAGACAUUGUAUGUGUGUGCAACACCACUCAAUGUACAACCAAGCCUCCUCAGUGUGAUCCAGGAUUCAUAGCUGUUGCUAACAACACUGAAGAACACUGUUGUCCUUCUUAUCAAUGCAAUCCUAAAGAAGUGUGUGUGAAGGAUGGUAAUGAAUAUAAGCCUGGUUCAGAAGUCUUAGGAGGUCAGUGCGAAGAGUGCACAUGCACAAAUCAACAAAACAGCACCACUCUUCUGAAUAUCAUAGAGUGUAAGGAAAUCCCAUGUAAUGUGAAGUGCCAGGAGGGCUAUUCUCCUGUUCGAUUACCUGGCGACUGCUGUCCAAAAUGCAUGCAGACAAGUUGCGUUAUAAGAACAAUAGAAAAUGAGAUUCUUAUCUUAACUCCUGGUGAAAGUCAGAAUGAUCCCAAAGACAACUGUACUCUUUACACCUGUACAAGGAUUCAUAGGCAGCUGAUUUCUUCUACGUCUGUGAUUACCUGCCCAUCAUUUGAUGAGAAGAGAUGCCAACCUGGCACCCUUGUAUACUUGCCUAAUGGCUGUUGUAAGACAUGUAUAUUGAUGCCAGGUGGCUCAUCAUGCUCGCCCACACAAACAAUGGACUAUAUCAAUUACAAUGGCUGCCGUUCAGAGGAACAAGUCCCUGUGACUCAGUGUGAAGGAAGAUGUGGAACUUUUUCACUAUACUCUCCUGAAGCUAAUUCCAUGACACAUAAGUGCAGCUGCUGCAGAGAGUCAAAGACAUCCCGGAAAGAAAUCAUGCUGAUGUGUCCUGGUGGGAUCAGAAAGAAACACCGUUAUAUUCACGUGGACCGCUGUGAGUGCCUGAACACUGAAUGUGGUGAUGAACAAAGCUCCUCAGAAGAAUCCAGGGAAAUAAAAAAACUCACAACGCAACAGCCCCAGGAAGAAAAGGUGAUGGAACGGGUCAAGAAAGCUCUGAGGCAUGCCGCAAAGAGAAGUUAAAAAAAGGAAAGCUUUGGAAUGAAAUAAGAUAACUGUUUUUAAAUAUGAAGAAAUAUACUGUGACCACACAUAUUAUUAUAAUCUAUCACUUUGCCUUACUUUCUACAGAAGGGAUGUCCAAACUGGAAACUUUAAGACUUGUGGUCUUUAACUCUCAGAAUUCUGCUGACUGAGGAAUUCUGGGAGUUGAAGUCCAGAAAUCUUAAAAAGUUAUUAAGGCUAGACAUACCUAUUCUACAGCCUUUUGGACUUUACUGUGCUCACUUAUUUAUUUGCACUAAAAAGAAAAAUAUUUUCUCCUAUGUAUAAAAAAUGAAGGAUAUAUGACUUGGACUUUUGAAUCAGCUUCUUUUGCUUUGGUUAAUUAAAGGCAUAUUUCAAAA